AUGGUCAAACGUCUUGAAUUUUGUUGUUGUCGAUUAUUAAAUAAAAGUUCAAAAUAUGAUUUAUUUUCGGUUUCAAAACAUGAUCAUGAAGAAGAACAAGAUAAAUCAUCUUAUAUAAAUCAAGCAUUACAAGGAGAAAAAGAAGCAAGAAAAGAUAAAUUAGAUAAAAUAGCAAAAACUUUGCCUGGUCUCACCUCAAAUAUAAGACCAACAAUAAAAGGAACAUUAACACCAACACAAACUCGAACACGUUCAAUAACAACAAUUACACAAAGCACACUACGUUCACGUAUUACUUUAGCUCAAACACGACCUACAAUAAAUACAAUUAUUGCAAAAACAGCAACAUCAAUUAUUAAUAAGCCAUCACCAUCAUCUCAAAAUACAAAAAAUAAUAAAAAAGAUUCAGAUGAAACAAGUAAUAAAUGUUUUUUUAUUUAUAGAAUUCGUUCAACUUUUUCAAUGAAAAAAAAAAUUUUUUUCUUUAUUCUUUUAACUGACUGA